AAGACUCAAGUCUCAUGUCAGCAUGAAUCAGCUUUAUAUCCUUUUAUUGGUCCUUUGGUCUGCUGUCAGUAAGUGGAUUUUAUUUGUUUGCCACAGAUUUUGUGUGUACCUGCUAUAUGUAUGGGGUGGAUAGAAGUAAAUGCAAUUUUUGUUCAGGUUCGUCUGAUGUGUGGGAAGAAUAUGAAAAUACAACAGAUCCAUGGUUUAUUUUUUUUCAGGGACAAGACUAUUCCGAAUAUUAUUAUGAUUAUACAUCAAACAAAGAUAUGAUCUACACAACGACACAAAAAGAGUCCAGUGACCUGUUUGAAGAUAUCCCAGAGCCCAUCAUCACAGUGUACAGACAGCAGGAGGACGGGGAGGUUGUGUUUGUGCUGUGCAAGUUCACCUCAGUGCCUGGAAGGAGAUACAGAAGACAGUCUUUUAAGCUGUCUGUGGAGAGUGAACUAAACUACACCAUGGAAACAUUCAGAAACCCUUCUUUAGAUUCUUUAGAGAUACUUGUGUAUAUGGUCACCGUGAGUCCACCUGCUUCCUUCACCUGUGUGCAUGAGGUCGAUUUUUAUGUAGAUGUCAGGAACGUGAGCAGCCAGGCCUACAAUUACAGUGUUUCAGUCUCGGAUCUUCACGGAGGAGGAGUAUCUUUGUUAUACGUCUGCUUUUCUUCCUUCAUUGCUGUUGGUCUCUUCAUCUUGAUUGCAGCAGUGAUUGUGACCAACAUCAGGAGCAAAACUAAAGACACCGACUCCACAGCAGUUACCGACAAUGACUACACAGAAGUGUAAAAAUCACUUUAAGAAGAGAAGAGAACAGGCAUGAAGAAAAACAAAAAACAUAUAAAUGAAAAAUAUAAUUGUUAUAACCCAUGACUAGGGGUGCACAUAAGUGGUAUGCAGAUAAACAUAUGGGCUGUAUACAUUCAGACCACUCAUGGUUGACAGAUGUUAAUGCAUAAAUACCAUUAUUACUGUAUAAGAUUUGCAUUCAAACUUGAAUCAAGGUUAAGCACAGAUUUUUCAAAGAGCAAAACUAAGAUUUUAUACACUGACGCUCCUCAGUUGGCAGCUCAUAUACUUACCUGCCGGCAACCCAUCAAAAAAAACCUUCUGAUUUUAAGUUUGAAAAUAUAUGACUCAAAUAUUAGCACUUUAUUUUAAGUUUAGUAAUAUUUAAAAAAAUCUAGUAUUAUAGUGAAUAAAGUAUUAUCACGCUUUAUUGUUUUAUUUGAUUUUUAAAUAAGUGUAAAUAAAGUACAAUAAAAUUACUGUCACUUUUAUUUGUUUAUUUUUAUAGUUAUAUUUAAAAGGGCAGACCAUGUUCAGUGAAAACCAAACCAAGUCUCCAGGUGAACUCAUGUGCACCCCUGCUUAUAUCCACAAUCUUUACAUUUUUAUUUUAGUUUUAGUUUUUUGUUUGUUUAGUUGUUUUUUGCUUAUGCUGUAGCAUUCCUCAUUUGUUUGUUAUAUAAAAAUAACUGAUUCUGUUACUGCUGUUUUUUUUUUUACUUUUCUGAAGCUUUGCUUUG